CUUGGAUUCCUUCAUAUGUGAAGCAAGAUACGUAAAUUGGAAGUCAAAAACGACGGCGUAACCUCUACCCUCUUGCAUUUGGUAAGAUCAACAGUCACUGAAGAAAUUAUUACUCGAUCGAAUCAAAUUCCAGCUUUCGAUUGGAUCACUGCGUUUUUUUGUGGGUGCGGAAGGAGCGGCUUUUUGCUGUGUUAUUUGAGAGGAUAGUUUAGUUGAGCUUAUUCGUUUAAAUUUAACGAGGCAUGGAUAAUGAUGAUGAUUUCACCUUUUGCCAGGUGGCUGCGCCUAAUGUCCAAAAUGGCCGUGAGGAAAAGGAUAUUUCUUCAGAUAUUAAUGAUAUGACUAUUAAAGAUAAGCAUUUAAAUGGCUCUAGUAAUAUUCAAAGUAGCAGUGUUAUCUGGAAAGAUAAAUUGUCGGAUAGUGCUACCUCCAAGGAGGAAACUGUCGGUUCUUUGUCUUUCACUGUUAUUGACGCGGGAUCUUUUAAAGAACCUCAUGAUUUAUCAGGACAAGCGGCAUCACCAGCUACUAAAACCAAAGUAACGAGUUCAAAAGAACAAAAGCCCCUUGCUAGGAAGCCUGCCCCCAGAGCCAAGGUUCCUUUUGAGAAGGGAUUUAGCCCAAUGGAUUGGCUUAAGCUUACUCAAACUCAUCCUGAUCUUGCAGGAUUAAAUGGUCAAUCAAAUAGGAGGCGGAUUUCUAUGGAUGAAGUUAAGCAACAUAGAUCAGAAGGUUCCAUGUGGACUGUUCUAAAAGGUCGCGUGUACAAUUUAUCUCCAUACAUGAAGUUUCAUCCGGGAGGUGUUGAUAUGCUGAUGAAAGCUGUGGGAAAAGAUUGUACAUCUCUAUUCAACAAAUAUCACGCGUGGGUGAACGAGGAGUUCUUACUGGAGAAAUGUCUAUUGGGUGUUCUGGAUGAUGGUCAUUGAAGAUAGUUCUUUGGCUCCAUUAUUGCAGUGGUAAUACCAUUUAUACAGUAAAUCAUGCUUAUGUAAUUUCUUCAGGUAUUAAAAUUAUAUGCUAUUUAAAAACUAAAGAAAUGGUAUUUAGUUUGUACAAUGUUGAUAGAGUUUGAUACUCCAUAAUAAAUUGAUAUUCUACUGAA